CAUGAAUACACAUACAUAUUUAACGUUAUUUGGAAUAGUCUUAGUUAUCCAUAUUCAAUAUUCAGAUUACGAGCUACGUCAACCAUUAUGGCAGGGCAAGUCUUCGGCCGCUUCUUCGCAUAUUAUCAUGGAGCCGGACUUCAGGUUUUGUUUAUUAUUUUUUCUGACGCUUUGCAGAACUUCACCCAAGAGCAGAGCACUGUAUAUAAAUAGUUAAGUCGGCGCGAAUCAACAGACAGAAGCGCUUUCGAACGCCUUUGGAGUAGAAGCAGAAGAGUUUGUUGCAGCAAAAAUGAAAUUCCUGGUUAUUGCCGUUGCCUUUUUGGCCUGCGCCUAUGGCGAUGUCUCCCAUUUGGGUUAUGACUAUUCACCACCAGCACCGGUUUACCAACCAGCACCUCAAAUCCACUAUGAAGCACCUGCACCCAUCUCUAUCCCGGCUCCUGCUCCAGUUCACAUUCCCGCUCCUGCCCCCGCACCAGUGGUUAUCCCCGCACCAGCCCCCGCUCCAGUUGUGAUCCCAGCUCCAGCUCCAGUGAACACUUACAUUCCACCUGCACCAGUCCAUUACGAGGCUCCCGCUCCAGUUCACAUUCCCGCUCCUGCCCCCGCACCAGUGGUUAUCCCCGCACCAGCCCCCGUGCACAUUCCCGCACCAGCCCCCGCACCAGUGCACAUUCCCGCCCCCGCCCCCGCUCCAGUUGUGAUCCCAGCUCCAGCUCCAGUGAACACUUACAUUCCACCAGCACCAGUCCAUUACGAGGCUCCCGCUCCAGUUCACAUUCCCGCUCCUGCCCCAGCACCAGUUGUGAUCCCUGCCCCUGCUCCAGCCCCCGUGCACAUUCCCGCACCAGCCCCCGCACCAGUGCACAUUCCCGCCCCCGCUCCAGUUGUGAUCCCCGCUCCUGCGCCAGUUAAGACCUACAUUCCUCCCGCACCCGUUCAGCAUGUGCAUGUUGAGGCUCCCGCCCCAGCUCCUGUGUACCACGCCCCAGCUCCUGCUCCAGUGUACCACGCCCCAGCUCCUGCUCCAGUGUACCACUCUGCACCAGCUCCCGCUCCAGUGUACCACUCUGCACCAGCUCCCGCUCCAGUGUACCACUCUGCACCAGCUCCCGCCCCAGUGUACCACGCCCCAGCACCUGUGGUCCACUCUGCCCCGGCUCCAGCUCCUGUCUACCAGUCGACCAGCAGCCUGCAAGCUCUCGAGGAGAUCGAACCCGUUUCCGCUGAUGGUUACCGUUACAAGACCGUCCGUCGUCGCGUCUACCGUCACCGUUUCUAAGUUAUUCCCACAAGGAAAAACCAAAAUACUUUAAUAUUUUCCUAAAGAAUUUCCCAUGGAAUUUCUUAAGACAAAAAUCGAACCCCUACGAAAAAAAUUAAAUUUUGAUUGUUGAAAAAAAAAGCACAUCCAAUU